AACUCGUACCGGGUGGAUAUCCCAUCUCAGUUGAUACAACGUGGCGUACACCCCGUGUUCCAUUCGUCUUUGUUACGCGUGCAUGUGGCAAACGACGAUCGAUUGUUCCCCGGACGGUCGGAAACCCAGGUUGCCGACUUUGGCGAAGAUGGGUCAGAGUGGGCCGUGGACAAGAUCCUAGCGCAUAAAGGAAAAGGAUUAGCGGCGGUAUUCGAGAUCAAAUGGAAGGCCGGGGACGUUACC